AUGUUUAUCGUGCGCGCUCUAGAGAAAAUCCUUGCAGAUAAGGAUAUAAAACGGUCCCAGAAUUCACAAUUGAAAAAGUCAUGCGACGCAACCUUAGAAAAAAUCAAAGCUGAAUUAAUUAGUGCAGGCCAAAUAACGGAAGGCAAUGAGUUGCCGUGCUCUGCUUUGCCAGUGCCGAAAAAUGAUACGAAACAAUGUCAAGCGCAUUCCAGCCGGUAUCUCCAUUUGAUUCCAAUGGUUGUAGAACAAACUGGAAGGGGCGAGCGUGCGUAUGACAUUUACUCACGUUUACUUAGGGAACGCAUUAUAUGUUUAAUGGGACAUAUAAGUGAUGACCUAAGUUCUUUGGUGGUAGCUCAGCUUUUAUAUUUACAAUCGGAAAAUGCAAACAAACCGAUACAUUUAUAUAUAAAUUCGCCGGGUGGCUACGUAACGGCUGGACUUGCAAUAUAUGAUACGAUGCAAUAUGUAAGACCGCCUAUUGCCACAUGGUGCGUAGGACAAGCUUGUUCAAUGGGUUCGUUACUUUUGACAGCCGGAGAACCCAAUAUGCGAUAUUCACUGCCCAACGCACGAAUCAUGAUUCAUCAACCUUCCGGUGGUGCUAAGGGCCAAGCUACGGACAUAGAAAUUCAAGCUCAGGAAAUUGUUAAACUUAGAAAACAAUUAACUAACAUCUACGUGAAACAUACGAAACAAUGCUAUAAUAGACUCCACGAACGUAUGGAACGCGAUAACUAUAUGAAUCCCGAGGAGGCGAAAGAUAUGGGACUUGUUGAUCACAUUUUGGCGCAUCCACCUGGCCCAGGCGGCGGCAAUAACGAUUCGGGCUCUGAUAAGGAAGAUAAAAAAGACAAGGUGGAUACAAGCGAUGUGGAGGACAGAAAGGAUAGGGAGAAUAAAAAGGAUAAAGGGGAUAAAAAGGAAGAACAACAUUCUAAUUGA